GUGGAGUUGGUAUCGCAACCUGCGGUCGUCUCCAUUGGAAAAUUAAAUAAUCAGAUUUAAGGGCGUGUUUUGAGCCCCUUGAAGAAUUGAUUUCGUGAACAAAAUAAAAUAAAUGGUGAUGUGACUGCAAUAAACAUUUCUUAAAAUUAUAUAUAUAUAUUUAUUAUAUAUUACAAUUUGCUUGCAUUUGACACGGCCUGCAUGGUAAUGGCGAACGUCGUCCUUUUAUGCAACCUAGCCGGUUGAUAUAUAUCAGUGGAUAGUGGAUUAAAAUGUUUGUUAAACAAAAUGAUUAAAAAUUUGUUCGUGUAUGCAAUUUUAUAUAGUGAUUUUAAAGUUUCUCAUAUAAAAAAUAGUGAUAGUAUUAAUUUGUUAGCAUGACAUCCGAUGAAAUUAACCCGGAUAUAGGGUUAAAUAAAUCAGUACCAGUGUCUAAUUAUUAUAUGUAGUUAACACUUCUGCAUUUUAUCUUAAUAUUUUUGUAUUAUCGACUGGUGUUCUAGACGAAAAUAUGCCUGUGUCUCGACUAUGUCGAGUGGACUACCUGUGUGUCUGACAGCAGCCAUAUUUUACAUCGUUACACGUAAAUAUUAAAAGUUCAAUAUCUUGCUUGAAAUUAAUAGUGUAUUUAGUCAUUCACCAAUUGCAGUAGUUCUCGAAUUAGUGUAGUGCAAUGUCGACUUGUCAUAUUAUUCACGAAAUUGAACACUAAAAGGAUAGCUUAAAACUAGUGACAGCCACAGAGUUGAGUGACUUAAUAUUGUAUCAUCAUUAUAACAAAUUUAUAUUCUUCCUAGUCUUCAUUUUGUGAUAACCGCACAAUAACAUUACUAAACAAUUAGUGAUCAUACUUGCUGCUUAGUUUCAUUUGUUCAUUAUUAUGACGUUCUAAUUUCAACUUUUGUUACUUCUUCUGUUAACCUACAAUUCGACCGCGACUAGCUUAUGGGUAGAUGACUGUUUUCAUUUUGGCAUGAUAUUUGUCCAUGCGAGGGUACUUAUGAGUUAAGCGAAUUUUAUAGCUCGGGCACAUUUCGCACGAGUUUCUGAGGGCUCAAAGUAAACUAUUAAUCCUGGAGUUGCCCUACGCACGGUGCGUGCUUAUAUUAUGCAGCGACGGGACGGGCGUGACCGCGAAAAUCGCGAAACCACCCGGACCUCAAGGACCAGUGGCACCAACCAAGCUGGUGGCGCGGGUGCCGGCGCUGGUCAAGGCACGAACAGGGGUGCUGCUGCAGGCGGAGCAAGUAUGCAUUCGUCACGGCACAGUGUCAGCUCGUCUUCGGGCGUGCUGAUGGUUGGACCGAACUUUCGAGUAGGCAAAAAAAUUGGAUGCGGAAAUUUCGGCGAACUUCGGUUAGGUAAAAAUUUAUAUAAUAAUGAGCAUGUUGCUAUCAAGAUGGAGCCGAUGAAAUCGAAGGCGCCACAGCUGCAUCUCGAGUACAGGUUUUACAAGCUUCUAGGAACACUCGCUCCCGCGACGGUGGAAGGUUUGCCGCGCGUCUAUCACUUAGGAACGUGUGGCGGCCGAUACAACGCAAUGGUGCUAGAACUUCUGGGACCAUCUUUAGAAGAUCUUUUCGUCAUAUGCAACAGAAAAUUUCAUCUCAAGACUGUGCUCAUGAUCGCCAAACAAUUACUCCAUAGGAUAGAAUAUGUUCAUGGCAGACAUUUAAUAUACAGAGAUGUUAAACCUGAAAAUUUUUUAAUAGGAAGAAAUACAACAAAAAGAGAAAAAAUUAUACACAUAAUAGAUUUUGGAUUAGCGAAAGAAUACAUAGAUUUAGAUACGAAUAAACAUAUACCAUAUCGGGAACAUAAGUCUUUAACAGGAACAGCUCGGUAUAUGUCAAUUAAUACACAUUUGGGAAAAGAACAAUCUAGGCGAGACGAUUUAGAAGCGUUAGGUCAUAUGUUUAUGUACUUUCUUCGCGGAUCGUUACCUUGGCAAGGGCUAAAAGCAGACACGCUCAAGGAGCGCUACCAAAAAAUUGGCGAUACGAAGAGAGCCACACCGAUCGAGGUAUUAUGCGAGGGACAUCCCGAAGAACUGGCUAUGUACUUACGCUAUGUAAGGCGUUUAGACUUUUUUGAGGCUCCUGAUUACGACUAUUUGCGCCGACUUUUUCAAGAAUUGUUCGACAGACGCGGUUAUGUCGACGACGGCGAAUUUGAUUGGACUGGCAAAACUAUUUCCACUCCUGUAGGAUCUCAACAAACUGGACAGGACAUUGUGGUUUCGCCAAACCGUGAACGUCAUCUAGCCGCAAAUAAAGGAGGAGGUAAAACUGGUGUCGCUGCAUGGCCGGAUGUGCCCAACAAACAAACGAACGCACACGGAAAUCUAACGCCAGCAGACAGGCAUGGCUCCGUUCAGGUCAUUAGUUCUACAAAUGGAGAAUUGAAUCCAGAUGAUCCUACAGCAGGUCACAGCAAUACACCUAUUACAGAACAACAUUGGACGACAGUCGAAGUUCCGAGUGAUGAAACUAAAUGUUGUUGUUUCUUUAAACGAAAGAAGAAAAAAGGUAAUCGUCAAAAAUGACUAUCAGCAGUUGUGCAGUGCA